AUGAGCAGUACAAUCCUGCCGAUCAGAGUCGCUGAAUCAUUCUCAACUCCUCCUCUUCCACAAUUUCCUUUGACCCCCCCGCCUUCCGAUCAAAGCUUGAAGACGCAGGACUUGAGCACCGGGAAAUCGAGAAAGCAGAAACAGGGAAAGCAGAAGGGGAAGCAUCAAUCAAGGACUGGACUGGAAGCUAUUAUCGAACAGGUCGAGAAGCGCAAGAUUGGCCGUGGAUUCUUCGCUGUCCCGUGGCUGCGUUUUAAGCUGUCCCCAACAGAGUUCGAGCACUUUGAACAACACUAUCAGGAAGACGGAUUCGUCCAGGACAAGCUUCGAUACGAUUACUUUCCGUCGGCCCACCUCUUCGUGCUUCGAAUGCCUUGCUUAGUACAUGAAUACCUCGCGGCAAGUGUUAAAAAGAUCUCACAACAACUGGAUAUGAUUGCAACUCGAGCAGAUUCCACGGGCGAAUUUGCUAGGAAUAUUGGAAAUUUGGCCUCGACUACUAUUCGUUUUAACGACCCCACGCUUAGCAAGCAUUCCCCGGACGGUUCAUUCAGACAUAAUAAAGCAAAGUAUCCGGGAGUGGUCAUUGAAGUGUCUUAUUCACAGAAAAAGCGAGAUUUGCCACGUCUUGCCGACGACUAUAUCCUUGGGUCAGACGCCAAGAUCCGCGCCGUUGUGGGGUUAGAUCUCGACUAUGGAGGCAAGAUGGCUACUGUGUCCAUAUGGCGACCGCGAAUUCAAGUUAACGCCGCUGGUGAGAAAGAAUUGGUUUCGCACAAAAGAUUGCCAGAUCAGGAGUUUCGCAGCGAGGAUGGUAACGAAAUCGGCGACCCACAAGCUGGCCUGCGUCUUCGCCUUGGAGACUUUGCAUCGAAGGUCUACGCCGACGGAAGCGCAUCUCUAGAUAAUGAGAUAUUCAUCUCUGCACAUGACCUUUUCACGUACCUCAAUAAAGCGGAGGGGUUCGACCGUCCAUUUGGAGUACGCCCAGACUACGAAUAUAUCGAGCCUGGAACUCGAAAGCGAGCCCGAGAAAGCACCCCCCCGGGAGGAGCUGGAUCAUGCCGAUGA